AUGCAAUUGACUACAGUCUUUGCCUUCAGCGUCGCCAUCUUGGGUAGCUUCGCCAUGGCUGCUCCAGCAGCCGACCCAGUUCCAGCCCCACUCGCUGAGCCAAUUCCAACCCGAAAAUGGAGGUGGAAGCCAUCCGGUCGCUGGAAGUCUGGAUACCGCGGCAACAAAUAUAGGGGAGGGAGGAGGCACUCGAAGGAGUAA